AUGGAGCCCAAAAUGUCUGCCGCUAGGCGAGAUGUUGCUGAAUCGCAAAAAGGGGACCGCCUGACUCCGGGCCCCCGCAACCGUCAUAAAUACGAGUCAGCUGCCAAGGCUCUGAAUUCCGAUAAUGGGAGUGCGCAGUUGUGUCGCGCUCUGUACGACAACACGGCCGAGUGUCCGGACGAACUCUCCUCACAAGGGGACCUCAUGGUCCUUCUCCAGCCAGAAGGGACCGGCCUGGAGGGCUGGCACCUAUGUUCCUUGCACGAGCAAGGGAUCGUGCCCGCCAACAGAGUGAAGGUCCUCCCUGAAUCGGGAUUUCACCCAAAUCACACCCCAGCAGAGGUCUACCAGGUCCCGAAGAAGGAGGGUCUCCUGAUGGGAAAGAUCUCGGACGGAUCCAUGGAUGGAUGGAGAAGAAGAGAUCAAAGGAAAGAAGAACAGGAGGUCUACGAGAUACCACCACCCGCAAGGCCCUGCCCGCUGCCCCCAGAGGGGAUCUACAGGGUGCCUCGGGGGACCAGAAGAGAAGAUUCUGUGGAGGUUUACGACGUACCCUCGUCCUUGCUCCGCGAUGUGGUUUUGGACACGUACGAUUCGCCUGCCCCACGGGUCAAAAAAGUCGCCCGGGUCGCCCCCCAGCCUAGCGCCCCACCAAAUGCGGACGAGGCUUACGACGUGCCGCUCGCCUUCAAGAAAGCCCUGGCGCAAGAGGAGGUAGAAGAGGAGGAGGAGGAGGAGGAAGAAAACUGCGAAGGGCCGCUGAUCUACGCCAUCCCAUCCAAUUUACGCCGCGCUUCCGCCUUGCUUAACUUGUACGAAUCUCCUGAAGACAUCCGGGCAAGUGGAAAGGACGAAGAUGACGAAGAGGAAGACGGGGCUAUUUAUGACGUUCCUCUGCUGACGCCCAGCACCCCGCCCCUGGAGGGAGCCCUCCAAGGACUCAAUCUAAGGGACCCGGGACCCCCCACUCGUCCCCGGCUGCCGUCCGCGGAGAGUCUGUCCCGCCGUCCGCUGCCCGCUCUUCCUAGCGAGGAGCGGCUUUCCGGCGAGCUACCACCCCCGUCACCCAACGUCAUGCGGAAGGGUAGCAUCCAGGACCGUCCGCUGCCUCCCCCUCCGCCCCGGCUGGGGGGUCUCGGGGCAGGAGACCAGCUGGACCUAGCCAGGGAUGACGUCCACAAUGAAUACGAAGGGAUCCGUCUGGCCGAUGAGUACGAUUAUGUCCACCUGAAGGGGGCAGAUAAAAUCCAGCCGAAAGCUACCACGCCGGACGAAAGCCCUACACUUACGGUCUCAGGAGAGGCAACCCCGACGGAAGAAAUGGUGCCGCCAUCCCCGGAGGACAGCCAGCUGCUGCAGUUCUACACGGGGCAGUGCCAGACGCACUACCGCACCCUCCUGUCGGCCAUCGAGGCCCUCUCGGCCAGCGCCGGGGCCCACCAGCCGCCCCGCAUCUUCGUGCCCCACGGCAAAUUCGUCAUCGUCACGGCGCACAAGCUGGUGUUCGUGGGCGACACCGUCUCCCGCCUGGCGUCUUCGGCGGCCGUGCGGGCCAGGGUGGGGGCCGCCAGCACGGCGCUGUGCCAAGCCUUGAAGGAAGCAGUCCAGUCGGUCAAGAGCGCCGCUUUGAGCUACCCGUCGCCGCCCGCCGCCAGGAGAUGCAGAGUUGCGUGGCGGAGUUGUCACGUCAAGCUCUGGCUUUCACCACCUUGCUGGCCACCUUGGCGCCCUCUUGAUCCGGGACUCCGCACGGCUGCCGCUCCACCCUACGGUGGACGAUGGGACAGUAGAUCUCUCUUUCUUCGGAGGGUGCCUGGCGGGUCCCAUCCUGGCCAGUGACGGUCCGGGAAUCGGUACCCGUCUUCCGCUUCGGCCCAGCUCAUUCAUCGGUCAAGACCAGAUCCACCACGGCCGAUGCAUGUGCACCCUGUCGUAUCUCAAGGACCUGAUCUUGACCUCCUUCCUCACGCCCUUGCCAAUCUUCCUAGCCAAAGAACGUCCCUGGUUUUGGCCCUCUCGCCAGCGUCUCUCGAACUCGGGGCCUCAUCCGCUGCCGGUUUUCAGCACAGACUCUUUAAUCUGGAAGGGCGACCCCGUCAUCUACAGAGAUGAACAGAUUGGGAUGGGGGAACCUUCGCUGCUUUCUGGACGCUCCUGAUGGUCGAAAGGAGGGGAACGGCAUCGGUGUGUCCGGACCAUCCCCCCCCAGAGGCUUAACAGGAAACGAGGAAGAAGAAAAUGGCUGCCAAACGGGUGUCUCGUUGCCAGCCCCCUGCCGCCCCCUCGGUCCCCUCGAUUAGCUGCAAUAAACAAUAUUGUGUCAAGGAUUGGCAGGUCAAGCAACAUAAAAGGUUAUUAACUGAAUUGACGAAGCAAUUACGAUAGUAUUUCUCAACCGUGGUCACUUUAAUAGGGGGUGGACUUCAACUCCCAGAAUUCCUGGCUGGGGAAUUCUGGGAGUUGAAGUCCAACCCCUCUUAAAGUGACCACAGUCGAAAAGACUUGAAUUAGCAGAGAACGCCUUCAGGAUAUCAGUAAACGGAGACAAAGUAUUUUUUUUUCCCCCUCAGGAAAUAUUUCUCAGAAUCUCUCUAGGUUUGAUGAUAAUAAAAUAGAUGGAAA